UGUCUCUUGUGGGCACCCGACUUUUUGUCUUUUUCCAUAGCAGGAACUUCAUGUUGAACAGCAGUGAGUUGUUGGAGGCCACAUGUCCCUGCAGUGGACAAUGCAUUUGAACUUUUGAUUUUAGAUUGUGUUGGUCCCUCGACUAGGCCAAAAUGUGGAUCUGAGCACCUGUUGACAGUCGAGUGUCAGGCCACCAGUUACCCAGCUGCCUAUCCAUUACUUUACUUUACUGCUAGGUCUGUACUGACGGCUCAACCCAGUUUAUUGCCAUAUUUGGGAUACUAUUGAUUGUUCAGGGUGAUCCAGGGUUCAGCUUCUUGCCCUGUUUGUUUUUCUGCAUCCGAACUUAAAACAAAACCAAGCAUCUCCUUAUCAUACACAAAGACAAGAGCUUUAGAGCAUUUCCAUCAGACUCUGAAGUCCUUAUUUAGCUCAUACUGCAGAGUGAUGGAGAAGGACUGGGAUGGAGGCUUGCAACGGUUGCUUUUGACUGUAAGAAAGGUGUGUCAGGAGAUAACUGGGUUUAAUCCUAAAGGCCUAGUAUGGGGUCACAAGGUAUGAGGUAAAACUAUAAAUUUAUUUCCUUCAGUCGUGUUAGCAAUGUGGACACACAUUUGCCUAAUGAUGAUGUGUGUCCAGUGUGUUUUUAAUCCUCUUUAACUUUGACAGGUGUAAAUUGACUUUCUUUCCGAUUUUGGAGGAAUUUUACUUGUUAUCCCAAAAAAUGUUUCACCAUCUAAAUAAAAUAAAGAGAUCUUUUUUCCUGUUGUCCUCUCAGUUGUAGGCUUAGUUCAGUUUGGACAAUCUUCCAGUCUUCCAGUUUUAACCUAUAGAAAGGACACUAUCUAUAGGACACACAGUGCCUGAACUCUGUACUGAUCAUCGGUUCGGUAUGUUCCUCAGUAGUACUAUGACUCACAUUGUCUGUGUGUGAGAGACAGUUGACUGAGAGCUCACUGUCAGAGAUCAACAGAAAUCAGAUAAAAGUUCUCAUUUAUCAUACAACAAGGUCCUUUUUUCCUGUUUUGUGUGUAUGUGUGUGUGUGCGCGUUGAACAGAUGAGUGCUGUCAGAUAUAAAGGGAUGUACAGAAAUCAGGCAAAAGUCCUAAUUCCUAGUCCUAACAAUGAAGUUCUUUGUUUCCUUUCCUGUUGAGCUGGGUGCAUGCGGCCCCAUUUUUAUUAAGUUGUGGGGUUCAUGGAAUGUCCUCGGGUGCAUUAAUUUAAAACAAAGUAAGACUUUGUUUUAAAUUAAAGUACAAAGUAAUUUAAAACAAAGUAAGACUUUGUUUUAAAUUAAAGGUUACAAUUAGGUUAUGAUUUGGAACUAAGGUUUGGAUGUAAGGCACCUGGUUACUAUGGUUAGGGUUGGGGGCUAGGGAAUGCAUUCCGCCAAUAAAAGGUCCUCACAACGACACAAAGACAGAGAGUUUGUGUGAAUGUCCUUGACAGAUGAGUGCUGGCAGAGGAAGAAUGCAUUUCCCUUUUAAAGAUUGACGGCAAUUACACAAAAGUUCUCAUUUGGCGGACAACGAGGUUCGUUGUUUCGUUUCCUGUUUUUGUCUCUGAGCUGAGUGUGUCUUUGUGUGUGCAUGCUACACUGAUGAACGCAUGAAUCCUGGUGGAAAAAGGGUGAAAUCUACACAUGAAAAUUAGACAGAGAGUGCAGCUGAGACAGACGGUCGAAAACUGGACAGAAACACAGUUAGAGGGACGGAGAACAGGCAUAGUUAGGAUCAGGUAAUACAGGCAGAGCUGCAGCAAUGAUGGACGGAAAAAUAUCAUUUUUGGAGUACUGGAGGAGGAACAAAGAGAAGAAAGCUCUUCUAAGAAGAACAAAUCAGCUGAGACUCCUACCUUCACAGCUGGAUCAAUUGCUGUGCAGCGAAGGAGUACGGGAGGCGCUGCAUGAUGCCAAGAUGGCGCCCUUGUUGCCCCCUAUUGGUAUGGAGGUUUUCAGACGCUUCACCCCGGCCUCACUGGAAGAAAUCCAGCGACGACAUGAAGCCGAAGAGAAGGAGCAGCAAAGGAGAAAGGAAAAGAACAUUGAGAUAGCAGAGGAAGAUCUUCCUAAGCCAGCCAGUGACUUGGAGGCUGGGAAGCCCAUUCCCUUCAUCUAUGGAGAUCCUCCCCCUGAGCUCCUCAACACCCCACUGGAAGAGUUGGAUCCUUUCUAUCAGUCACAGAAGACGUUCAUCGUGCUCAGUAAAGGCAACGUCAUCUACAGGUUUAACGCGGAGCCUGCCUGCUACGUGCUGAGUCCUUUCAAUCCACUGAGGCGUUUCGCCAUCAAGGUCCUCAUUCAUUCUUUAUUCAGUUUGUUCAUUAUGGUGACAAUUCUAACCAACUGUGCGUUCAUGACGAUGAGUGACCCCCCGCCAUGGAGCAAGACUGUCGAAUACGUCUUCACAGGCAUCUACACAUUUGAGGCAACAAUCAAAGUUUUAUCCAGAGGAUUCUGUGUGGGAGAUUUCACGUUCCUCAGAGACCCCUGGAACUGGCUUGACUUCAUGGUCAUCAGCAUGGCAUAUCUGACAGAGUUUGUCGAUUUGGGAAACGUGUCUGCAUUGAGGACAUUCAGAGUUCUUCGAGCCUUGAAGACUAUCACUGUCAUUCCUGGGUUAAAGACAAUCGUUGGUGCUCUCAUCCAAUCGGUGAAGAAACUGGGCGAUGUCAUGAUCCUGACGAUAUUUUGCCUCAGCGUCUUUGCACUGAUUGGCCUGCAGCUUUUCAUGGGAAACCUGAGACAAAAAUGCGUCUUAAUGCCACCUAUAUGGUCUGGCAACUACACGUUGGACAACUUCAAUGCCAGCUUCAUUGGCAACGACACCUACGGCAACAACACAGGAGGCUUUGAUUACAAGGAGUACAUCGAAAAUCCAGUGAACCAUUACUACCCUCCUGGUCAGCUUGAUGCUUUGCUGUGUGGAAACAGCUCUGAUGCCGGGGUCUGUCCGACUGGUUACAUCUGUCUGAAGGCAGGGAGAAACCCAAACUAUGGCUACACCAGCUACGACUCUUUCGGCUGGGCGUUCCUGUCCCUGUUCCGGCUCAUGACCCAAGACUUUUGGGAAAACCUGUUCCAACUGACGCUGCGUGCAGCAGGUAAAACAUACAUGAUCUUCUUCGUGGUCGUCAUCUUCCUGGGCUCCUUCUAUCUCAUUAACCUCAUCCUGGCCGUGGUUGCGAUGGCGUAUGCUGAGCAGAACGAUGCCUCUAUCGCCGAAGCCAAGCAGAAGGAAGAGGAGUACCUUCAGAUCCUGGAGGCACUGAAAAAGAGAGAGGAGGAGCAAGCGGCCUGCAAGGCAGAGCUCUUAGCGAAAAGUGACCCGAACGACCAGGAGCAAGAAAACACUGCAAUGGAAGAACUCGGGGACGACCAGAGGCCAUGCCCCCCGUGCUGGUAUGCAUUUGCGGACAUCUUCCUAAAGUGGAACUGUUGUGGCUGUUGGAUGUGGCUCAAACAGUGGCUCUACAUCAUCGUCAUGGACCCAUUUGUCGACCUCGGCAUCACUAUCUGCAUUGUCCUCAACACUGUCUUCAUGGCCAUGGAGCAUUACCCAAUGACAGCGGAGUUCGAGAACCUGCUGAGUGUCGGAAAUCUGGUCUUCACAGGAAUCUUUACAGCUGAGAUGGUCCUUAAGCUUCUGGCCAUGGAUCCGUACUACUACUUCCAGGUGGGCUGGAACAUCUUUGACAGCAUCAUCGUUACCAUGAGCCUGGUCGAACUGGGACUCGCCAAUGUUCAGGGACUGUCUGUGCUACGCUCAUUCAGAUUAAUGCGAGUGUUUAAGCUAGCCAAGUCAUGGCCGACCCUCAACAUGUUGAUAAAGAUCAUCGGGAACUCUGUGGGGGCUCUGGGGAACCUGACUCUAGUUCUUGCCAUUAUUGUCUUCAUCUUCGCUGUCGUUGGCAUGCAGCUGUUUGGGAAGAACUACAAAGACUGUGUCUGUCGCAUAUCAUCGGACUGUGAACUUCCUCGCUGGCACAUGCACGACUUCUUUCACGCCUUCCUCAUCAUCUUCAGGGUCCUGUGUGGCGAGUGGAUUGAGACCAUGUGGGACUGCAUGGAGGUCGCGGGUCAGACCAUGUGUUUGAUUGUCUACAUGAUGGUCCUGGUCAUUGGAAACCUGGUGGUCCUGAAUUUGUUUUUGGCCUUGUUGCUGAGCUCGUUCAGUGGUGACAAUCUGACAGCUUCAGACGAUGAAGGAGAAAACAAUUUGCAGAUUGCUAUAAACCGCAUCAGCAGGGCUGUGGCCUGGGUCAAGACCUGGAUCCUAGAACAAAUCCUGGCUCUACUGGGAAAGAAGUCUUACGUUGACCAAGACCCCCCAGCCAUUGACUGCGAGAAAGAUGAUAUCGCAACAAAGGAGGUUUUAGCUUUGACAUCGCUGACUUCAAACGAGCCAGAGUCACAUGUCAAAGCCCCCAGUUCUAACCAUGGAAACUCUACCAGCAACUACCAUAUCAUUGCUUCCCUGAGGGUCCCCAUCGCUGAAGCCGAGUCCGACUUUGAGACCCCUGACAAUGAAGAUGAUGAUGAGGAGGAGGAGGAGGACGAUGGUGACGACCUAGAAAAUGAACAGGAUGACGAGAAGAUAGAGAAACACUCCAAUGAUGAACAGUCAUCAGUUUGCAGCACUGUUGAAAUCCCGGUGGAAGAAGAAAGCGACGACAAUAAUGAGGAUAUACCUGAAGACUGCUGCACUGAGAAUUGUUACGUCAGAUGUCCUUGCCUGAAUAUAGACACCUCCCAGGGCAAAGGAAAGAUCUGGUUUAACAUCAGGAAGACUUGUUACAUCAUCGUAGAGCACAACUACUUUGAAACCUUCAUCAUCUUUAUGAUCCUGAUGAGCAGUGGAGCUCUGGCGUUUGAGGAUAUCCACAUGGAGCAGCGUCGUGUCAUCAAGAUAAUUCUGGAGUACGCAGACCAGGUGUUCACCUACGUGUUUGUGGUGGAGAUGAUUCUCAAGUGGGUCGCCUACGGCUUCAAGACUUACUUCACCAAUGCUUGGUGCUGGCUCGAUUUCCUCAUUGUUGACGUGUCUCUGAUAUCGCUGACGGCAAACAUUCUGGGAUACUCUGAGCUGGGAGCCAUCAAGUCUCUUAGGACUCUGAGAGCUCUUAGGCCCCUGAGGGCUCUCUCUCGCUUUGAGGGCAUGAGGGUGGUGGUUAAUGCUCUGGUUGGAGCGAUCCCAUCCAUCUUCAAUGUCCUGCUGGUGUGUCUAAUCUUCUGGCUGAUUUUCAGCAUCAUGGGUGUGAACCUGUUUGCGGGAAAGUUUUAUUACUGUUUCAACGAGACAUCAGAGGAGCUGUUCUCGCCUGAAGAGGUCAGGAACAAGUCAGAGUGUUAUGCUCUGAUCGAGGCAAACUUCACCGAAGUCCGCUGGAAGAAUGUUAAGGUCAACUUUGACAACGUGGGGAUGGGCUACCUGUCGCUGUUGCAAGUGGCCACAUUUAAAGGCUGGAUGGACAUCAUGUAUGCAGCAGUGGACUCCAUUGAGGUGGGGUCCCAGCCAGAGUACGAGGCCAACCUGUACAUGUACCUGUACUUUGUCUGCUUCAUCAUCUUUGGCUCAUUCUUCACUCUCAACCUCUUCAUCGGAGUCAUCAUCGACAACUUCAACCAGCAGAAAGCCAAGUUGGGAGGGACAGAUAUUUUCAUGACGGAGGAGCAGAAGAAGUAUUACAACGCCAUGAAAAAACUAGGCUCCAAGAAACCUCAGAAGCCUGUUCCACGACCUGUGAAUAAGUUCCAGGGUCUGGUGUUUGACCUGGUGACAAAGCAGUUUUUUGACAUCCUCAUUAUGGUAUUGAUCUGCCUCAACAUGGUGACCAUGAUGGUUGAAACAGAUGAGCAGAGCGCUGAGAAAGACAUGAUCCUGUACUGGGUCAACCUUGUCUUCAUUGUCAUCUUCACCACAGAGUGCAGUCUGAAGAUCAUUGCUCUCCGACAGCACUACUUUGCUGUUGGCUGGAACAUCUUUGACUUUGUGGUGGUCAUAUUGUCCAUUGUAGGCCUCCUCCUAGCUGACAUCAUAGAGAAGUAUUUUGUCUCACCCACUCUCUUCCGUGUGAUUCGACUGGCUCGUAUUGGUCGAGUCCUUCGUCUAAUUCGUGGAGCCAAAGGAAUCAGGACGUUGCUAUUCGCUUUGAUGAUGUCCCUCCCUGCCCUCUUCAACAUUGGCCUCCUUCUCUUCCUCAUCAUGUUCAUCUUCUCCAUCUUUGGCAUGUCUAACUUUGCCUAUGUGAAAAAGGAAGCAAUGAUUGAUGACAUGUUCAAUUUUGAGAGUUUUGGGAACAGCAUGAUCUGCCUGUUCACUAUCACCACAUCAGCUGGAUGGGAUGGUAUGCUACAUCCCAUCAUGAACAUGCCGCCUGACUGUGACCCUAACUUUGAAAACCCAGGAACGAAUGUCAGAGGCAACUGUGGAAGCCCAGGAGUGGGCAUCGUCUUCUUUACCACCUACAUUAUCAUGUGCUUUCUGGUGGUGGUCAACAUGUACAUUGCCAUCAUUUUGGAGAACUUUAACGUAGCCACAGAGGAGAGCGCUGACCCACUGUGUGAGGACGACUUUGAAAUGUUUUAUGAAACUUGGGAAAAAUUUGAUCCUGAUGCCUCACAGUUUAUACAAUAUAGCGAGCUGUCAAAGUUCUGUGACACUCUGCAGGAUCCUCUGAGAAUUCCCAAACCCAACACCAUCAAACUAAUCCAAAUGGAUCUGCCUCUAGUCCCAGGAGACAAGAUUCACUGUUUGGACAUCCUACUUGCACUCACUGCAGAGGUGUUGGGUGAUUCGGGAGCGAUGGAUGCUCUAAAAGCCAGCAUGGAGGAGAAGUUCAUGGCCAACAACCCCUCCAAGGUGUCAUAUGAACCAAUCAGCAGCACCCUGCGGAGAAAACAGGAGGAGGUUGCUGCAACAGUGAUUCAGAGAGCAUACAGGAAACACCUCCUGGAGCGGACGGUCAAACUGGCAUCCCACAAAUACAGAGAGAAGACAGUGGGACUGAAGCCCGGGGAAGGGCCGUUAGAGACAGAGGGCCUUCUCUGUAAACGAAUCAGUGAGCUCUAUGGAGAUGGCCAGGAGGCAGGUUCAGGCAAGGAACCUACUGUCCACGUGGAGGUUCAGAGGGAGUUACUCCUCCACGCUGCUCCUCCACUCAACACCCCCACCUUAAUGUGUGAUGAGAACCUGAGGGAGUCCAUCGUCUGAUGACAGCAGACUAACAUGUUUGCUCUGUUUCCACCUGUUUUCCUCUGCACUGUGUGAACUCACCCGUGGAGUGUUUCCUGUCAGAGGAGCAGCACACUAACCUCUCUGUCAGCUUCAGCUUCUGUAAAGAGCGGAACUUCAUAGCAGAGGCGACUGCGAUUGCUGCAGAGACACCAACUAUGUGCCCACAAUAUUGCUAACACUUAUUAAUAUGUUAUCUCUUGUUGCCCAUUGGUUCCAGUUCAGGUGAUUGCUUCAAACUAACCUAAAGUGUUUUAACAUGUUCGGGAGCCAUGUCAGCAGCUUUGAGCAGAAAAACAGAUUGUAGAUAGAUAAUUGUGCCAAGAAGAUGAUGACGCUGGUGUUGGCAAUGGCGUUAAGCAGUUUCUCGCAAAACUAAAUGGUACUUCACUAUCUUUCUUGGACUUUGAAAUUAUUUUUAUUCUUGAUUCUUAUCAAAUUGACAAACAUGCUUUGUAUAAUUCAUGGCGCAAUUGACUAACAUACAUGUUUUGCCAAGCAAGGGGGACAAUAAAAUAAGUGAGCUGAUGCAUGCUGGACAUAAAAAAAUUCAUGCUGGUUAGAGAUGUUAUCUAACUUUUACCAGCUCUGCAUUAAAGCCUGGUGGCUGUAAUUUUCACAGUCAGGCCUUGCGCUAACUCGAACCACUUCUAUGACACCACUGGCAGGUAUAACCUGUAUACUACCUUUUUUUUUUUUUUUCAAAGAAAACUGGAACAGCAGUCGUGAUGUUAGGCCAGUUUUCUUUUCAUGCCCCUGGCAAUAUAGUAAUCUUGUCGUUUUCAUAAAACUUAUAUCCUAUAUUUAAUUUUGUGUCAAAAGACUGAAGUUGUGUCUGGCCUUAAAACCUUUCAGGAAAACACUAUUUUUUUUGCGUGAGUAGACCUUGUUUUGAAAAAUUUUUGAUACAGGGUAUGGAGGGAAACAUUUAUUGCUAAAUAAAAAGUAAAAAAUAAAAAAUAAAAAAUUACAUGCUAAGGUUUUUUUUUUUUUUUUUUGCAACCACCCAUGCUGUGACACGGUUGUGAUGGUGUGUCGGCACAGCCUAUGCAAACUUUUAGCAUUUCACACGUUGUCAGAGCAGUACGCAAAAAUAUAACAUGUAAAUCAAAGCUUUCUCUAUGAUACGUGAAUAAAACAUUGCCAGUUUAAGCAUUAUUUCAGAAAUGUUCAGUCACUAUUGUUGUUCAUUGUAUUUUGUGGAUUUCAGAGGGUUGGUUUUUGCCUGCAAAAGAAUAGAAUGUCUUGAUAAUUGUCUUUUUAUACUCCAGUCAACGGCAGCUCAACUUAAUCAUCAAGUCAAAGUCGAAAAUGAUUACAGCCAAGAUACGACAUUGUCACUGGGAAAGUCCGUAAGUCUCAGUGAGUCAUGUGACCUGACCUGAGUAAUUGAUCUGCCUCAGCUAGCAGAUGCUCUUUUUUUCUUACUUUUUAAUUUUUGUGUAUUUUUGUAUGAGGUCUGGUAUGAUGAGGUAUCAGGCUGGUAUGUGCAGUAAUCUUUGUUCAGCUGAAACAUCGGUGGUAAUUUUUUCAAAAAUUUCUUCAUUGGAUUCUCUUACUAGGGAAAUUCAUCAUACUGUGUCUUGUUGUUGCAGUUAAUAAACCCUCUCCACUUCUGAGUGGUUUAAAUAAAAGAUGGUGAAUGAUAGUUGUGACCUGCAGAUAAGUGAUUAAAGCUUCAAACUGAAAA